UUAUAAAAUUUAAAGGAUAAAUAAAAGAAGCAAUAUGUUUCAGCCCAAAAAGCGCAGCUGAGUAUCAAAAUAUCGCGAGAAAUAAGGCGAGUUGUCUCUGCAGAUCUGCGAAACUUGCGAUCAAUUCUCUGCUUUCUAUGUCUUGCCAUGAAGGAUGAAAGAAUACGAUGCUGGCCAGUAAACAUGUCUUUGAAAGAACAUAUGAUUACGUAGGCGUGUAGCGUAUGAAAUUUGUUUGAUAGGUGUCUCGAUGGUUCGGGAGAAGGAUAUUUGCUGGGAAUAUGCUGAUAGGUUGGAAGGGAAUAAGGUGAGAUGCAAAUUCUGCGACAGAAUUCUUAAUGGUGGAAUCAGCAGGUUGAAGCAUCAUUUAUCUAGACUUCCGAGUAAAGGUGUGAAUCCGUGCACAAAAGUGAGAGAUGAUGUGACAGAUAAGGUGAGGGAAAUUCUUGCAUCGAAGGAGGACAGUAAGGAAACCUUGACUGUUAAGAAGCAAAUGUUACCUGAAUUCAAAUCUCCUCUUGCUGUAAGUAUUUCCACGGGGAAGUCUCUAAUGUCUGUUGAAGCAGCACCGGUAACUGGUAAAGUCUUCUCAUCCAGCACGACAUCGGGUUCUACUUCUAGAAGUGACCAUGAAAAUGCUGAGAGAAGUAUAGCUCUCUUCUUCUUUGAAAAUAGACUGGACUUCAGCAUAGCUCGUUCUUCAUCUUAUCAGCAGAUGAUUGAUGCAGUAAGGAAGUGUGGUCCAGGAUUUGUAGGACCAUCGGCGGAUACUUUGAAGACGACAUGGUUGGAGAAUAUCAAGUCUGAAGUGAGUUUACAAUCAAAAGAUAUUGAAAGAGAAUGGGCUAUGACUGGCUGCACUGUUAUUGCAGAAACAUGGACAGAUAACAAAUCAAGGGCUCUAAUCAAUUUCUUAGUUUCAUCCCCUUCAAGAACCUUCUUCCACAAGUCGGUCGAUGCAUCUUCGUAUUAUAAAAAUAUAAAGUACCUCUCUGAUUUGUUCGACUCAAUCAUUCAAGAUUUUGGUCCUGAGAAUGUAGUUCAAGUUAUCAUAGAUAAUGAGCUCAACUGCCCUGGCUUAGCAAACCAUAUCCUGCAGAAUUAUGGCUCUAUUUUCGUCACCCCUUGUGCUUCACAAUGCAUGAAUGGGAUUUUGGAGGAGUUCUGUAACGUAGAUUGGGUUAGUAGGUGUAUUUUACAGGCACAGGCUGUUUCAAAGUAUAUAUACAAUAAUUCAUCAAUGCUUGCCAUGAUGAGGAUGUUUACAGGAGGAUAUGACAUCAUCAGGAGCGGCAUCACUAAGUCUGUGUCCAAUUUUCUCUCUUUACAAUCCAUGUUGAAACAGAAGUCAAGAUUGAAACAUAUGUUCAAUAGUCCGGAGUUUUCGGCAGGAUCAACUUUAUCAAACAAGCCUCAGGCAGCAACAUGUGUCAGCAUUCUUGAUGACAAUGAAUUUUGGAAAGCAGCAGAAGAAAGUGUUGCUGUGUCCGAGCCAUUUUUGAAAGUAAUGAGGGAAGUGUCGGGAGGGAAGCCUGCAGUGGGGUUCAUUUAUGAAUUGAUGACUAGGGCAAAAGAGUCGAUUCGGACAUACUACAUUAUGGAUGAGAUAAAAUGCAAGACUUUUUUGGAUAUUGUAGAUAAGCACUGGCAGAACAACCUUCACUCUCCUCUACAUUCUGCAGCAGCUUUUCUGAACCCAAGCAUCCAAUAUAAUCCAGAGAUCAAAUUUUUUCCAGCCAUUAAGGAAGACUUUUAUACAGUUCUGGAAAAGCUUCUUCCCACACCUGAUCAUAGGCAUGAUUUAACCAACCAGAUUCUUCUAUUUUCAAGGGCGAAGGGGAUGUUUGGCUGCAACCUUGCAAAGGAGGCCAUUGAUAGCGUUUCGCCUGGGAUAUGGUGGGAACAAUUUGGCGAUGCAGCUCCAACGCUGCAGCAGGUGGCGAUUCGAGUACUGAGCCAAGUGUGCAGUACAUCGACUUCUGAGAGGCAGUGGAGCACGUUUCAACAAAUUCAUUCAGAGAAGCGCAACAAGAUUGAUAAGGAAGCACUGAACGACCUACUCUACAUUUAUUACAACCUCAAACUAGACAAGUCCUUGAAAUCGAGUUCGUCGGAAGCAGAUUCCCUUCAGCUGGAUGACAUCGACAUGACUUCAGAAUGGGUCGAGGAGACUGAAAAUCCAAGCCCGGUUCAGUGGCUCGACCGUUUCGGUUCUGCUCUUGAAGGUGGUGAUCUUAAUACAAGGCACUUUAAUACUUCUAUAUUUAGUAGCGACAAUAUAUUUAAUUUGUAACCUGGCACUUCGUAUCUUAUCUUGUAAUCCACAGUGAAUUAUUUUGUAGUUGUACACAAAAGAUGUUGUAUCUAUACAAGUUUGUAUUCAUCA